CAUAAGUGGUAAGGAGAGCCUAAACUGCUCUGAAACUGUCUAAACUUUACAGAAACCCAUUCUGGUGGAGAGAAGAGGAAGGCCACGUGUUAUGGCACAUAGCGCUGUCAUAUUUAUGUUUCAUGAAUUCUGCAAGGCAAGGAACUAAGAAAGGCAAGCAAAGCAAAGACCCUUUCCUGACUGGUCUGCUUUAAAAGAAGGCAAUAUGGAAGCCAUGGCAAAGUUUGAUUUCAGUGCCUCAGGAGAAGAUGAACUGAGUUUUCGUACUGGAGAUGUUUUGAAGAUCUUAAGCUCUCAAGAAGAAUGGUAUAAGGCUGAGCUGAAAGGUUAUGAAGGCUACAUCCCAAAGAAUUUCAUAGAUUUUCACAUUCCAAACUGGUUCCACGAAGGAGUGUCUCGUCAUAAGGCUGAAAAUAUGCUCAAGGAUAAGGUGGUGGGUGCUUUCAUCGUUCGAGCGAGCCAGAACUCCCCAGGUGACUUCUCCAUCUCUGUCAGGAAUGAAGUAGAUGUCCAGCACUUUAAAGUGAUGAAAGAUGCAAAGGGCAACUACUUUUUGUGGAGUGAGAAGUUCCAGUCAUUAAAUGAGCUCGUGGAAUACUACAAGACUGUUUCCAUCUCCAAACAUACACAGAUCAUCCUGCGAGAGGAAAUUAUGCAAGAAGAGCAGGAAGUAUGCUUUCACAGCAAAAAGGAAAAGGAAGCUGUUCACCAUCCCAUCAAAGAAACAGGUGCAUCAGGGCAGUACAAAGAUGUGACUCACUUUACAUCUAGGCAGCAUAAGCAGGACAGGCGUGGUUGGAGUCUGGAUAUUCAAGAUGGGCAUAAAGUCCAACAAGACCUUGGAGAAGCAAGCACACCAUCUAUGUUCCGGAGACACACUGAUCCAGCACAACAGUCACAGCGAACGCGAUGGGUCCGUGCCUUGUAUGACUUUGAGGCAGCGGAGUGUGAUGAGCUCGGGUUCUGCACAGGGGACGUGAUAGAAGUCCUGGACAGCUCUGACGCCUCUUGGUGGAAAGGAUCUUUACGUGGACAACUCGGUCUGUUUCCUGCAAACUAUGUAGGUCCUGUGAUCCGGUGAAUUCUUGAACAAGGAUACAUUUUAUCAUCAGCAGAAGAAAUCUCCCUGUCCCCAUGUAACUGACAUAGUUUUUCACAAUCAUAACAUUAGCUAUUAGUAGUUAUGUUCAACUAUACUGUCUUUUCUCCCAAAAGUAAAUCAGAGGAAAUUAUUUCUGCCUAUUUCAGAAAUGAGCUGUACACAUUUCCAAUCGGCUUGGACCAAUGGUGGCACAAAAACUCUUCUUGCAGCAGCUAACUUUAAGACUGAGUGAGGUGUUUUUAUUUUUUAAAGGAGUUAAGCAUAUAUUUAGUUUUUACUGUAUACAUAUAGCACUUUAAUUUUAGUUUUAUUGAUUUCAAAAGCCAUUUAGAUAUCCUUGAAACACCAUCUGAGAGGCCAGGCAAAUCACAGAAUCAGUGUUCAGAUUAUCUCUCAGCACACCCACUAUUUGCAUUGCAAAACGUAGGAGGAAGUUGACCUCAUGCAGCCAGAGGAAAAUGAAAUAUGUUUUUGGUUUGUUUUGGUUUUUUGUAUGUCCUGAUUCCUGACUAUUGUGACAUUGUAGAUUUUCCUGUCUUUUGAGAAAUGAGCUUUAUACAACUUUGAGUAGCAAAUCAGUAGGAUCCAUGUGAACAUGGUGUAUGUUCAUACUGCAAAUAUAUCUUAGUUUUGUUUAAUAAUAUUUUGUGGUAAUCACCCA